GCCCAGACCCAGGCCCUGUUCCACCUGGGCCCUGCCCUGAGGCAAGUCAACACCACCACAGCUGAACCCAGUGAAAGCUUAAGCCUAGGUAAGGAAAUACCUAGUAAAUUUCUCAAAUGGUCGAGAAGGUUGAAAACUGAAAUAGUGCUAGAGUUUAUUUUUUAAAUUUAGACAUCAUAAGUGAAGGGUAAAGUACCUUAAUUGGGUGAGGACUGAAAAUCCUGUGAGAACAGCAGAAAAACUUGAAACGUAAAAUAUCUAGUUUGUAAAAUUAAUUUGACCGGGUAAAUAUUGCCUGUUUCCCUUGAUGUAAGGAAAAAUCCUCCCUCGGCAUCAUACCCUUGCCUCCAUACACCAUAACAACCUGUUCUGCAGACGUUUUGUUGCCUGAACGAGAAAUUAAAGCCAGUUCUACAAAAAAAAUAAAACCCCAAAUAAAGGGAGGUGAGGUUUAAACGAGUUUAAUCCUGCAGCAGCAGCCCGGGUCUGGCCGGCACCGCAGGCGGGCUCCUGAGGGCCUCAUGGCGGCGCCUGGCUUCCCGCCUUUUCCUCGGGCUGGGAGGGGCUGAGGCGGCGCGGCGUCCCUUCCCCCAUGCUUGCUGCUGUUGCCGUCCUUUCGGCGGAGCCUGAGGGCUGCCGGAGGCGCUGGUGCCGGCCGGGGUGAGGGGGUUUGGGUGAAGGCCGAGGGGUGUGAGGCGGCGGAGGCGACCUCUGGGUGGGGGGUGAGGAGGUAGGAGUGGAGAUAGGUCGCUGAGGGCAGAGGGAGAGGGAUGGAAGGUGUUUGGGCGGGGAGUAAGGAACAGGGUUAGGACAUGGCGGUGCCCCUCGGCCUUUGACACCCCAGUGGUUCCCCCUUGAAACCUGUUGUGGCAGCGGUGGGUUGCAGGCCCAAGUCUCCCUUGCUGCUCUGAGGUAAAAGCAGGUGGGUCUCCAUGGUGAAAAGCCCCACACAGAACAUUCACACAAGUACUGUUUGUUUUCUUCAUGUUUUUUUGGGCAGGGUGAAAAAAAAGAGGUGAAUUUCUCCAAAAGAUCGAUAAAUACACAGAUGUGGAUUGAAGAUAGUUGAAUUGGCGAAAGCAGGUAGCUACACAGGAUGGGUGAAGGCUGUAUGGUGGUGUGAGGUGGCAAGGUUGUUUUACAGCAUAUGGCUGGACUGGGGAGUUCUGCUUUGUAUCCUGAUUUUCAGUACAAAGAAAAGUGCCUGAGUCUGAGCUAAAAUACAUUCUUGCAGUUUAAAGUUAAAGCACUUUGGCAGCACAGAGACUUCCACAGCCAGAUGCCCUACCAGUGCUUUUCUCCUUAAAUCACGUUUUUAACAGCUGCAGUAGUUGAAAAGCAGAAUGAGUCUUGAAAAUUUUCUCUCAUUUGAGGACACUUUCAAUGCAAGAGCUCUUGAUUUUUCCAAAUAAUAAUUUAAAGAUAUUUGGGUUGUUUUUUUUAAAGAAACUUCUAAAUUUAGAAAAUUCAGAAAGGUCUAAAAAUCUUCACACUAUAUAGAGAAGCAUCAACCACAGAAAAAGAUGGGUAUUAAAAAGCCGUGUUCCUUAUUUAGUAGCUUAGUGUGAUCACAUUGUACAUAUAUCUGUCUAAUAUGUGGUUAAAAAAACAUUUUCAUAGGUAUGGACAACUAAUUCAAAAAAGAGAAAUGGGAAACUCAGGUGUGUGAGACUGCUGCUAAUGUUGGGGGGACUUCAUAGUGCUGGAUAUUCAAAAGAUAUUUACUGGAGUUCUCCAUUUCAGUGCGUGAACUUAAUUUUCAGAUCUGUCUUUGCCUUGGCUUGUGGAAAAGCUAUUGAUAUUUCCAGCUGUUUUGAAUUGCCCCUAGAAUGAGAAGUUACCCACUGCUUAGUCAUGUCUCGUUCAGUUUCGAAAACAGGGUGCUUGCAGCUGAUAUUUUUUUAUUUUUCUGUCUUCUUUCCAUCUUCCAAGUAAUCCACUUAUUUUUUGGGAGGGUUUUUAAAAGUAUGUGUCAUGUGACACUUAACUUGAAAUGCUUCAUACCUCUUGCUAUCAGAGAAAGGUAACUAGAAAUAUUUCACCAAGGAUUCAGUAGCUUGCUGUUUCCUGAUGUAUAUUAUUUCUGCUGUUGAUAAAGUGCUAAGGAAAAAUUUUAUUUUGUCACUCAUUUAGUGAUUACAACUAUGCUCUUUUCCUUCUAAAUAGAUAUUUUACUCCUUGAAUAUUUUUAAAAACAUACAGAAUAUAUAAAUGUUAGCAUUACUGAAAUAAGGAAAUGAGUACUGUUUUUUAAGAGGACAGUGUAUUUGUGAAACAGAGAAACUGCAUUAGUUACAUGAGAGAAUGCAGAGGCAUAAGAGCUAAAAAUAAAGAUAAUUCAGAAAGUGGAAGUGUCACAGGAUUUUUAAAAAUGGCCUUUGUGUGUGUAUUUGUUUGUCUAGUGUGGGAUGGCUUGUAGAAUCAGCUUGUUCUUUAUGGUUUAUAAUUUCUGUAUUUUGUAAAAUAGAAUAUUGGCAUCGGUUUUGGGGAAUGUCAUACUGGAUAUGACAAAAUACGUAACAACAUUAUGGAAACCCAGCAGGCAGGCAUUUUAAGAAAGUGCAUAAUUUACUUCCUUGUUUUUCAGCAGAAUCAAGUGUGUACCUACUAGCCCAGGUAUUUUUUUUACUGUUUUUUAAAAACACUGAUAGGUAAUCCUGUGGAUUACCUCAAAACUAAAACAGUUUGACUGGUUGAAUACCCUUACAGGUGGAGACUGUUACAGCAGUGUCUGUAACAGGUCAAUGUAAGCAUGAAAACAUAUUUAUCUUCAAAGUAUUGUGAGGAAAGUUAUGUGACAAAUAAAACAUACCAUUUCAGUAGGAAGAAUAUCUCAUUAUGGCACCAUCGGGAAGAAAGCAUGCAGUAAAAGCUGGUAAACCAGCACAGGACGAUGAAGCCAUACCUGCCUAUGACUUUCAGGAGGAAAGAAAAGAGCUGAGUGGAUCAGAGGAAGAUAUUAGAGAAGGUGAAACACCAGUAAUGGACAAGCAUGGAAAGAAAAGGCCGUUGGUGACUACUCAGGUGGUUCCAGAUGAUGUGGGGGGCGAAGUACAGAAUAUGCUGGAAAGAUUUGGAGCUGACAUUAACAAGGCUCUCUUGGCUAAGAGGAAAAGAUUAGAAAUGUAUACAAAAGCCUCACUCAAAACCAGUAACCAGAAGAUUGAACAUGUUUGGAAAACACAGCAGGAGCAAAGGCAGAAGCUCAAUCAUGAGUUCUCCCAGCAGUUCCUGACUUUAUUUCAGCAAUGGGAUGUAGAUGUGCAGAAAGCAGAGGAGCAGGAAGAAAAACUAGCGAAUAUGUUUCGUCAGCAACAAAAAGUUUUUCAACAGGCAAGAAUAGUUCAAAGUCAGAGACUGAAAACCAUUAAGCAACUCUAUGAGCAAUUUUCAAAGAGCAUGGAAGAGCUGGAGAAGAGCAAUGAAAAUCUUCUAGCUGGUGCUCAAAGUGAACUUCGCAAAGAAAUGGCUCUGUUGCAGAAGAAGAUUAUGAUGGACACCCAACAGCAGGAGAUGGCAACCGUUCGCAAGUCUCUUCAGUCCAUGUUAUUCUGAUGGCUCAAUGGAGAAACAACUUGUACCUAAGUAACAUGAUACAAGUAUAGGCAUUAGCCUUAGAGAAGUAUGUUAAGAUUUAAAUGUUUUAAAGUUCCUAUGAAAUGCUUUCAUGGAUUGUUCU